AUGAAUGUAACAAUCGUAGUUGUCAUAGGCGAGGCCGGAUAUAUAACCGAGGUUAAAUGGGACGAAACAAAGAACCCUAAUGAGGGUGCCACCCAAGAACAAGACAAGAUAACACUUCAACUUGGUAAUGGAGACUACACAUUGCCAGACACAUUGCUAGAUCAACCACAACCAUAG